AUGGGCGACCAAAAGACCGACGGAUGCAUACCCGUGGCCGCUAGCGCGACCCCAUACUGCACAGGCGAUACCACCUUCCACAGCGCCGAACCCGGGUCACCAACAGUGCACUUUAUACUUCUGCGAGCUGUUGCUGCGCUGCGCUCCAUCGGCCGAGACGGGAAGUUCUCCGCGCCCAAAUACCAGCAGCAGCAGCAGCAGCUGCAACAUCAUAAGACUGCCAAAAACCAGCCACUCCUCCACCAGCCGCCGCCAUUGGACGUUUGGGACCGGCCGACCUGGAGCCAGCAGCUGUUUGCCCCUGCCCAGUACCGGACGGGAAGGAGACAGCAUCCGCCGAGAGACAGACCAGACCAGGCCAGGCAGAGUGCUAGUGGCGGACAGCGAAAGAGGAAGAGCGGAUAA